GCGUCAUUCAGCACAGAAACCGUCGCGAGCCAAGCUGCGACAAUGGCAUCCAAGAAGUGCAAGUGCUGCCCGCCUUACCUGCGGAGGCGUCAGCCUUCCUUCCGCAACAAGCUCGCUGGCGAAACGCCCGAAGUUCCCAUCGACUACAGGGAUGAGGAGGAGCCUGUGGUGACGCACGAAACGUCGCCAAACCCGUGGCCAAGUACGCCUGCGAGCGAGAACCCAAAGAAUGUGGCCAUCUUCACAAGCGGUGGCGAUGCCCAGGGCAUGAACGCGGCUGUGCGCGCUGCUGCUGGCGUCUGCCUGCAAUACGGCGUCAACGUCUACGCCAUCCACUGCGGUUACCAAGGCAUGGUUGAAGGCGGCGACAUGAUUGAGAAGCUGACGUGGGCUAGCAUCGGUGACAUCAUGCAGAAGGGCGGCACGGUGAUUGGCAGUGCGCGGUGCAAGGAAUUCCGCACGCGGGAGGGCCGCAAGCAGGCUGCCCAGAAUCUCGUCAAGUACGACAUCAACUGCCUCAUUGCGAUUGGCGGCGAUGGCACGCUGACGGGCGCGCAUGUGUUCAAGCAGGAGUGGCCGGAUUUCCUCGCCGAACUGAAGGAGGAAGGCACCAUCACGGAGCAGCAGUUUGAGGAGCACAAGUUCCUCUCCCUCAUGGGCAUGGUUGGCUCUAUUGACAACGACAUGUGCGGGUUUUCAAUGACCAUCGGCUGCGACUCUGCACUUCAUCGCAUCUGCGAAGCCGUCGACGCCCUCACCACGACUGCGAUGAGCCACCAGCGGACGUUCAUCGUGGAGGUGAUGGGCCGCAACUGCGGGUUCCUCGCCCUCAUGGCUGCGCUCGCGUGCGGCGCCGACUUUGUGCUGGUGCCGGAGCACCCGCCACCAGUGGAGGAUUGGAAGGCCGCCAUGUGCGACUCCCUCCUCAGGCGACGCAGGUACACAAACUUCUCUCUGAUCAUCCUGGCUGAGGGCGCCACCGACAUCCACCGCAAUCCCAUCACGGCCGACAUUGUCAAGCAGGUGUGCUGCGACAACCUCGGUCACGACACGCGCGUGACGACGCUCGGGCACGUCCAGCGCGGGGGUGCGCCGUCCGCAUUCGACCGCAUUCUUGCCACGCGGUGCGGCGCGGAGGCGGCGCUUGCUGUGCUCAACGCAACGCCCGAAACACCAGCUCGCAUCAUUGGGGCGCAGGGUAACAGGAUUGUGCAGCUGGACCUGACGGAGGCCGUAGAGCAAACGCGACAGGUUGGCACGGAACUGGACAAUCGCGCGUUUGAGAAAGUUCGCGAACUGAGAGGACCUGUUUUCCGCCAGGAACUCAACAUUUUCCUGCGCAUUCGCCAGCACCACAUGGACGAGCCUCCAAAGCAUGUGUUCAACGUGCUCGUGUUCCACACGGGUGCUCCCGCUGCGGGCAUGAACGCGUGUGCAAAAGCCAUCACCCGCGACUUUCUCAACGGCGGUCAUAAGGUGUACGGCGCGCGGGGCGGCUUCAUGGGCAUCUUUGAUGAUGACAUCAUCCCUCUGGAGUGGCAGACCGUCAAGGGGUGGGCCUCGCAGGGCGGGUGCAACCUCGGUGCUGAGCGCUUGCUCCCGUCUGAUGUUCCGGAUGGUCUGACGAAGGUGGCGGCCACGCUCAAGAAGUACAACAUCCACGCCAUGGUGUGCAUUGGCGGGUUUGAGGGCUACGCCGCCAUGACGCACCUGUUCAAGUCGCGUGAUGAGUUCCCUGAGUUCCGCAUUCCACUGACGCUUGUCCCGGCGACCAUCAGCAACAACGUGCCGGGCACCACGACGAGUCUUGGGUCGGACACGGCGCUCAACACGAUUGUCGGCGCCAUCGAUUGCGUCAAGCAGUCCGCUCGCUCCUCCCGCAGGCGCGUGUUUAUUGUUGAGACGCAGGGUCACAACUGCGGCUUCCUCGCCUCCAUCGGCGCGCUCGCAGGCGGCGCCGACAUCGCGUACAUCCGUGAAGAGGGCGUGCGCCUUCGCCACAUCUCUGCAGACAUUGCAAACCUACAUCGCAAGUUCAAGGAGCUGUCGUGUGCGGUGAUUGUGCGCAGCGAGCGGAGCAGCCAAAACUAUGACACCCAAUUCCUCAGCAAAGUUCUUGAUGAGGAAGGAAAGCCGGAGACGAAGGACGAUACGGCGUUUUCCGUGCGAUCUGUCAUUCUCGGGCACUUGCAGCAGGGUGGGACCCCCUCCCCGCUCGACCGCGUGUACGGCUGCCGGCUCGGGGCGAGCUGUGUGCAGUUCCUGCUGCAGCACAUGACGGAGAACGUGGACGAGAACGGCGUCGUCUCCACCAACUCACCAGAGAGUGCCGCUGUCAUUGGGACACACGACAGCGCUCGCACGGCCACCGCUUUUGAGCAACUGGAGCCAAUCACGGACGUUGCUCUCCGCACCAACAAGCACACGUGGUGGCAAAACCUCCACCGCCUCACGCGCGUUCUCGGAAACUCCAUGCGCUCCGGCGAUCUCUGCUAUGAGGGAGAGGCCUGUGUUGGAGAGCUGUGAGCUCUUUCGCCACGCACAACGCGUGCAGAACACAACACGUGCCCGCUCACUUCUCCUCUCCUUCGUUCACCCCCUGCUUCUGCUGUCACUGGUUCUGGCGAGGGCUGUUGUUGGCUCAAUUUCGUUUAUUUGCGGUUGCAUCGUCGUCGUUUACACACACACACACACACACACACACACACACACACACACGUGUGCUUGGUUCUGCUCGAUUGCAAUUCCCCCGCUCACUCGUUGUCCUAUUGAAACCGAAUGGC